UUUGUUUUCCACGGUUCUAACUUAUUUUAUUGCAUGUCUAUGACUAACCGCAGGCUGCUCAGAUGUUCUACCCCGUGUCAUUGAAGAGGAGGACUGUGUAGCUUUAACGCCAUAUUCUACUGUUUCUGAUGAAACUAGUCCAGAACCUACUCGACCAGCUGAAACUGGUGAUGUCCAAAUGCUCUGUACUUCUGUAGGAAGAGAGGCAGCACAAUAUACACCGCUUUUUAGUAAUGAGUACAACAUGCCCUACCCACCUCCAAUAUAUCCACAUUCGAGAACUGACUUCACUCAGCCUGGGGUUCGGGAGGCAGAAGAAUCUUAUACAAACACCAUUUGCCUGUCGGAUACAGGAACUUCAUUUCCUAGAGAGCAGUGGCAAUACCUCAACAGCUAGUCAAGAUUCUUUGAAAGGGAGAACAAGGUAAGAGCACCUCCAUUGGUAGUUUUAGGAAAGGUUCUUUAACAAAAAAACACAAAAAAAUAAAUGAAAAAUGAAUAAACAGCACAUAACCGGUUAUAAACAGAGGCAUUUUAGUACGUGGCGGUUUUGUAUUGGGUACUUGUAAAAGAGAAAAGGAAUCCAAAACCCGUCUCUCUCUUUAUCGCUUUCUUUUCAUGUAUGUCCUUUGACGAUCGAUCCAAGCUACCUCCUCCUCUUCCAAAUCCAUGGAUGAAAUCACCGAAAUCUGCGGUCGAUUGGUGGUAGCUCUCUUCAUCGGCGAUCGAUCGGUAAAAUCAGCAAGGGAACGACUCUACCCUUGUUCGCCGAAAUCAGCAAAAAAAAAUAUGGAGAAAGCAAUCGAGAGAGAACGAGUUCUUCUUCAACAUCUCUGUCCUUCUUCCUCCUCACACAGUUUUGAAGCUCUCUCUCUGGAUUAACGUGAUAUCCGAUGGCUUCAAGUUCCGACAACAAUCGUGGUAUUGAGUUUUAUCUCACGUUAUUAGUCAGAUACGUUUACUGAUUAUCUCAAUGUAAGCCUAUUUAUAUUAUUUUUUUGGUUUUGGGUAUUGUUUGAUUCUAUAGUUGAACUGGGUUUUGUUUGUUUUGUCUUUCAGGAUCCAAGCAUCAAGGAAUUAGCUGAGCAAAUUGCCAAAGAUCCCACCUUUACUCUGUACCAAGUGCAUCAAGCUAAGUCCAAACGUGUCACUGGCAAGUGGUUAGUAUACUUGUCUUUUAAUGCAUGUUAGAAACGGUUUAGGUUUGGAAUUAAAUGGACUUUAGUGUGAUGUGGUCGUGUCUGAGUUUGAGUUAAAUGGACAUUAACUGUUUAUUGGUUAGACAUAAAUUGUGUCCGAGCCAGUAUUGUGUCAAUUGUUAGAGAGUGAUUAUGGUAGGUGUGCUUUACAGUAACUGUGUAUUGGUUAGACAUAAAUUCAACAACCAAACACUCUCUUUUUAAAUAUGAUGAAUUCACCCUUCCUCCUUUGCACAUUCCUUUUCCUUUAUAUAUUUCCUUCUAGCUUUAAAACUCUCUUAUGGAUUCAUACGGCCAUACAUCAGGCUUUAUAAACCUUCUAAACAGUCAAAACCCUCAUCCGUCAACUAGUGUAGAUGAACUUGGAGCCUCCGAUGUCUCUGUCUUCGGUAGUAAAUGGGCCCAAGAUGCACAAUUUGUUACUGACCGUAAAGAAAGGCGUAAGUGGACACCAACAGAAGAUCUUGUUCUCAUCAGUGCUUGGCUGAACACUUCCAAAGAUCCUGUAAUUGGUAAUGAGCAAAAGGCCAUAGCGUUUUGGAAGAGAAUUGCUUUUUAUUUUGCAUCAAGUCCCAAGCUUGUCGGUUUGUCAAAGAGAGAGCCUGAUAAUUGUAAACAAAGGUGGGGGAAAAUUAAUGAGGGUGUGUGCAAGUUUGUAGGCUGCUAUGAAGCUGCGGUUAAACAAAAAUCCAGUGGCCAAAGUGAGGAUGAUGUUAUGAAGAUGGCACAUGCGAUUUUCUUCAAUGACUACAAGGUAAAAUUCACACUUGAGCAUGCAUGGUUAGAGCUUCGCCAUGAUCAGAAAUGGUGUGGAGUUUCUAAAGAAAAUUUGAAGUCUAAAAGAAGAAAGAUUGAUGAUCAAUCUGCACAGUCAUCAACCAGUGUGCCUGUUGGGGAAGAAGAAGCAGUUGGUCGGCCAGCUGGUGUUAAAGCGGCAAAGGCGAAGAACAAACGCUCUGUGAGCAAGGAGGAAGGAGUAGUGGAUUUUCAGAAGAUGUGGGAGAUAAGAGAGAGGGACUAUGUUAUGAAAGACAAGCUUAACAAGCAAAAAAUACUUGAUAGCCUCAUUAAGAAGAUAGAGCCACUUACUGAGACUGAAAUUGCUUUGAAGAACAAGCUAAUUAAUGACAUGUUAGCAAGUUAGGUUGUGUUUCAGUUUAAUGACUAAGUUUGUUUCAGUUUGAUGUAUCAGUUUUCGCACAACCGAAAUCAAACCGAAGUUCACAAGUGGAUUUUACGUAUUCUACAGAUAUGCCUUCAAAUCUCGGCAAUAUGAUGAGCGUUCGGAAUCAAGUUCGUGAUAAAACAAUACAUCAACAAUUGAAAGCUGAUUUGGUUGAACAUAUUUGGCAAAAAUUUGGAACAAAUCAAGAUUUCUACUAAUCGGUUUUUCUCGUUUUUGAUUUGUAUUUGUACCUUUCAUAUGUUUUAUGUAAUUUUUAUUAAUAAAUUUAUGUAUGCUUUUUUUUUAAAUCAUUCUAAUAAAAAAAAAUUUAAGAACCCCUAUGGGGUUCUACCAUUGGAGGAAGAAAAGGGGUUCUACCAUUGGAGGAAGAAAAAAUUAAUUUUACUAACCAAGGUUCUAAACUUAUCAAAUCACAUUUUUUCCAACUAAUUUAAUCAUUAGAGCUUCUUAGGUGUUCUAAUGGAUGGAGUUGCUCUAAGAUUCCAAAAUCUAUGUAGCUCUCUAUGAGCCUACAUUUUCUCUACUAACAUGUUACAAAAAACAUUGUAGAGUCAAGUGUAGAACGUUUUGUGAGUACUCCCACAUCAGCUGGUCAAGGUGCAGUAUCAGAUCAGGAUGAAUGCUCUCUACCAUCUCCGUUGGUUGGAACUAAUCAGGCGGACCUAUCAUCAGCAAACACUGAAGGCCAAAAUAUUGCAGCAGAAACUGGUCGGUUUUACUUCCCUUUGUGCAUUUCAGUAUGAGUUUA